AAAACCCCAGAACUUCUUAGGCUAUUGCAGAGGGCGGAGGUGUCACAGCAACUGUGAGAGAGGACAGAGGGCUCAGCAACCAGACUCACAAGCAGAGCAGACAGCAUUCAACACUUCACACAGGCGGCUUUCUUUAGCACUAAAGGAUUUUGCUUCAGAGACAAAAGAACACGCUAGACAUGGCCUCAGACAUCCACAUGCCAAAACCCAUAUGUCUCAUUGAGAACACUGAGGAGCAGCUUGUGGUCAACCUGGAGGCUCUGGGUUAUCUGUCUGCCAUCAAGGAGCCAGUGGUGGUGGUGGCAAUUGUGGGUUUCUACCGCACAGGCAAAUCCUACUUGAUGAACAAGCUGGCUGGGAAGAAUGCAGGCUUCUCUCUGGGCUCCACAGUGCAGUCUCACACCAAGGGGAUCUGGAUGUGGUGUGUGCCUCAUCCCCAGAAACCAGGACACACUCUAGUUCUGCUUGACACUGAGGGCCUUGAAGAUGUUGAGAAGGGAGACAACCAGAAUGACUGCUGGAUCUUUGCCUUGGCGGUCCUCCUCAGCAGCACCUUCAUCUACAACAGCAUAGGAACCAUCAACCAGCAGGCCAUGGACCAACUGCACUAUGUUACAGAGCUGACUGAUCUUAUCAAGUCAAAGUCAUCCCCUGAGCAGAGUGGGGUAGACGACUCCGCUAACUUUGUAGGUUUCUUCCCAAUCUUUGUGUGGGCACUGAGAGAUUUCUCCCUGGAGCUGGAAGCUAAUGGAAAACCUAUCACCGCUGAUGAAUACCUGGAACACUCACUGACCCUGAAAAAAGGAUCUGAUGACAAAAUUAAAAGCUUUAAUGAGCCUCGGCUGUGCAUCAGGAAGUUCUUUCCGAAGAGGAAGUGCUUCGUCUUCGACAGGCCUGCUCAGAGGAAGUAUCUUUCCAAACUAGAGACAAUGAAAGAGGAAGAUCUGAGUGAAGAAUUUGUAGAACAAGUUAGAGAAUUCACCUCAUACAUCUUCAGCUCUUCUGAUGUCAAGACUCUGUCUGGUGGCAUCAUAGUCAAUGGGCCACGCCUACAGAGCCUGGUGCUGACCUAUGUCAACGCCAUCCGCAGUGGAGAACUACCCUGCAUGGAAAAUGCCGUCCUGACUUUGGCCCAGAUAGAGAACUCAGCUGCAGUGCAAAAGGCCAUUGAGCACUAUGAAGAACAGAUGAAUCAUAAGGUCCAGCUGCCCACAGAAUCCCUCCAGGAGCUGCUGGACCUGCAGAGGCCUAUUGAGAGUGAGGCCAUUGAGGUCUUCAUAAAGAAUUCUUUCAAGGAUGUAGACCAAAAGUUCCAGAAGGAAUUAGGGGCCCUGCUGGACGCCAAGCUAGAGGCCUUUAUUAAGAAGAACAUGGAUGUGUCAUCAGCUCGUUGCUCAGAUUUGCUGGAGGAUAUUUUUGGACCUCUGGAAAAAGAAGUAAAAGAGGGGACAUUUUCUAAACCAGGAGGUUACUACCUCUUUCUUCAAAAGAAGCAAGAGCUGGAGAAAAAGUAUCACCAGAUUCCUGGGAAGGGGCUGCAGGCAGAAAAGAUGUUGAAAAAGUACUUUGACUCCAAGGACGAUGUGGCUGAAGCACUUCUAAAGGCGGAUCAAUCACUCACAGAAGCAGCAAAGGAGAUUGAAGUGGAACGAAUAAAGGCAGAAGCUGCUGAAGCUGCCAACAGAGACUUAGAAGAGAAGCAAAAGAAGUAUGAGUUGAUGAUGCAGCAGAAGGAAGAGAGUUACCAGGAGCAUGUGAAGCAGUUGACUUUGAAGAUGCAGCAGGAACGGGAACAGUUAAUAAGAGAACAGGACAAUAUUAUAUCUCUCAAACUUCAGGAACAGAAGCGACUUCUCAAUGAAGGGUUCCAGAAUGAGAGCAACAAACUUCAUCAAGAGAUCGACAAAAUCAGGAAUAGCAAACCUUCAGGCUGCACCAUACUCUGAAAGUCUGAUUUUCAAACUGCUCUGCCGAGCAAUCCUUUAUCAAGGAAUAUGUUGACUGAGAACCUUCAACGUUUGAAACAACUGCUAUUAAACUCAAUUCACGUCAACUCAAAAUCACCUGUAACUCCAGGCUAUGGUCACUGUAUGACCCCUGGGCAAUGUCAGAGGAAGUCUCCCUCUGUGCAGAAUGCGUGUAUGAGCAGAGGCUCUGCCUUCUGUGUUUUAGAGAUCUUCUUGACCUGCACCAUCCCCAGGCCACGUAUGUUUCUCCUUUAUAAUCUUCUCUUUUCUUCUUUCCUACCGUAUAGCAUUUACAACCACAGAACAGGCAAAUUUUAAUUAACUCUCAAAAUGAAGUCCUUUUCAUUUCUCUGAGGACUCUGAUUUUUUUUCCUACAGUCCUUCAAAAACUAAACCCCACCUCUACUUUCCUUUUAUUUCCCUGCUGUGACAUCAUGUCUUGAAGUUUCUCAACAAAAGUUAAUAAAAAGUAUUAUCCCACUGUAAUUGUUUCAGAAUAUGUAUUUAAUUUGUACUUUGUUGUAAGAAGGCUGAUAGUUCCUGGUUGCUCAAACCCAAAAUAAUCACUCAGAAAUUAUAUCAUUUUCAAUACUGUUUGUCCAAUAGCUUAACCGUAUUUCUGGCUAACUCUUAUAUCUUAAUUUAACCCAGUUCUAGUAAUCUGUGUAUCGCCAUGUGGCUGUGGCUUACCAGGUAAAGUUCUGUCUGGCUCCAGCUGGGCUACAUGGCUUCUCUCUGACUCUGUCUCCUUUCUCCCAAUAUUCACUAGCGCACGCUAGUUAUUUGUUCUGUAAUGUUGAUUCUAACUGAAAAGAAAUAGAAUUACAUUAUAGUAUUCUUUGUAUCUCUUCUGAUGGCUAAAUCAAGAUUUUUUUUUUACAGCUAACAGGUUGGCAAUGCCUUUUGGGUAGCACAACAGGAGAGUUUACUGUUUGACACUGGAAAUCACAUCUGGGUAAUGGAAUCUUCAGCUAAUUAGAGUUGAUAGGUUGACUCACACACCAAAACUUUCCUUUAUUCAAAGUGUGUAUUAUAGCGCUGGUGAUGUAGCUCAGUCGGUAUAGUGCCUCACAAGCAUGCACAUGAGGAUGAAAGCCAUGAGCAGAAGCAAUCCAAGCUUCUUGUCCAUCAUUCUGCAUGAGUAGGAAAACUAGUGGGCUCAGCUGCAGCUUGCUAAAAUUCCUUUCAAAGUAGAGUAAGGAAGAAUACAGGAUGUUUUGGGAAUGUUUAAAAUUUUUAUUGAUAGUGAUGAAGUAGAACGAGGGCAUUGUGAGCAAUGUAUUCAGGCUAGAGUCUGAACUCAGGAAUGUAUCAAGCACUGAAGCUUAGGUUGGUCCAUGGAGGGAGUAACAAAACCAGGAGUUCCAUGCUUGAAAUGAUAUUGUCUUACCACACAUCACAUCCUGGACAAACUGAGCAGUAAGACAAGGUAUCAGCUACUGCUUACAGACCAGGAUCUAUAGCAACAGACUGCUAAAUGCCUCAGUGGGACCUCUGAAAAAACUGCAAGUAACUGAGGCCAUACAGAGAAGAACAGGGGUGUUGGUUUGUUCAGAGAUUCUGACAGCGAGGGAUCGGCCACCACUGGGAUCUCACAGAGACUCAGAAGCAGGAAGAAAAAUAAAAAAUGAAAAAAAAACACACAGUGAAAGGAAACUUCAUAUAUUUUUCUUGUUAAAGGCUGCUGCUGUGGAAAUGCUGAGAGUGGGUUAACCAUCAGCACAGCACCUAAUGUAUUUGGUUAGUGAAUAUAUGUGUCUGGUUCUAGUGGGCAGUGAGUUAAGAGGAAGUUUUCAGUUAUUGAUGACAAUGAUUUUCCAUAAUUUCCAUAGACUGCCGUCAACUUUGUCUCUGCCUGGAUAUAAUAGUUAAUAUUGUUUGUCAACUUGGCAAAGUCUAGAAUCCCCUGAGAGGCAAACAUCUGGGCACAUCUGUGAAAGGAUUUCAAGACUGGCUAAUUGAGUUUAGAGCACUCACACUGAAUGUGGGCAGUAUCAUUACAGUGGUGGGGGUCUCAGAUAUGGGGGGAGCCUAGGCAGGACUCCAGCAUCCAUCUGUCUCUGCUUCCUGGCUGCAGAUGCAAGGUGCCAGCAGCCUCAAACUCCUGCCACCAUGACAUCUUCUCCAUGGUGGGCUGUAUCCUGUAACCAAGAGCCAAAGGAAACCUUCUAUUCUCCAAGUUCCCUUUGUAAAAUAUUUUGUUGCAGCAGAAAGAAAAAUAACUAAUACAAAACAUUGUUACCCACAGGGGCACCGUUGCUGGGGUCCAUCUGACCAUGUGGCUUUUAGAGCCUACCAAUUAUUACAUGGCCUUAAACGGCAUUCAGCUGCAGACCAAAUUACACAUUCAUGAAAGACUAUGAUAAGCAGCAUUAAGCCAGUGUGCAGUUAUUCUUUCAUUUCAGACAGAGUAACAGGAAGUGUAUCCGCUCUGGUAAAAACCUGAGAGGCGUGUCUCAGGCCAUCAGCCACUUCUCUCUGUUGUAAUUUUCUAGAACUAAACACAACGAUGUCAGUCCUUUGAACAUGUAAACAGAGAAUGUGACCAUUUUAGAGAAGCAUUUGGGGCUUGCUCCAAUCCAUUUCCACAUGUUAGUUUUGUCAAAGUUACCAUGCUAUCAUAGACAUAACAUAAAAUAUAUCAUUUAAAAAGUCUUAGGGAUAAAAUUGCCGGGCACGAAAUACUGUAUGAUGUCACAGCCCUUUAGUUUUAAUUUUUCCAACAUUCUAAAUAGAAAUAAAGUAGAAUGAGUUAGGAAAACCAAUUAGUAGUUUUACUUAAAACAUGGUUUAUAUUGCUCAUUUCCAUGCAUAACUUCAGUUGCUAGCUGGAACAGAACAACCUGGAGAAAUUGUUGAAACAACACGUCAUUGAAUUUGGCAUCCUGACCUGACCCAUGCCUUUUAAGACAAAAGACUGCCUGACACAUGUGCUCCUGUGAAGUCUCACUGGCUUUCCUGCCUUACCUUGUUGUUUUAGAGUUACCAUGAGAAUUCAAAUUGGACCUGGCACAGAAGCCAUUCAGGAGUUUCCUGGAUUCAUCGGGGACAUGUCCUGUCCACUACUCCAAAUGGUGUUGGCAUGCUUAUUAAAGAAAUUCUACCACAACAGAAGCCCCAAGCCAUUAAGAGUCUUUGUAUAAUCUUUUCCUGUCACCUCACCCCAACUUUUGGAAAAUUCUAGUAUGCUUUCUAAUUCUGUAAUUUUAGCUGAUUACUACAUUUUAUAUAAAUAAAAAGAUAAAAUGCC